AUGGAUAAGUCUAGCGCCAACACCACCAACCCUUCCAAGGCGAAGGAAACCGAGCCUACGGCUCGUGACCAGCCUUCCAAAGACAACUCACUCCCCAUCGAUCGUUAUCUAAACGAGGACAAUCGCUACGAGAAACUCGCCGUUGGCGAACCAUCGAGCAAACGGGAUGCCGAAGAGAAGCUACGAGCUUUUGACAAGAUGUGGGAGGCAGCAGGUGGACAGAAGAGCUGA